AUGAGCUGGCAACUGCUUCACUUCUUUCUCCGGGACGAUGUUGACGCUUUCUCUCGCCUCCUGGCCAGCGCCACGUUCACCACCGCGGCCGCACCUCCCGGCACCAACGCCAGCGGCAGCAACACCAACAACGCAUACAAAAGCUCCUCUGCGGUGAUAGGCGCCUCGUCUCUUUCCUAUGGCUCGCCAACAGCCUUCUCCAAGCACCGCCGGAAGUCGUCCAUUUCGUUUUCCUUCUCCCCAGCGGACAGGCAGGCCUUGUCCAAUACGACGCUGACACGGAAUGAUAUCAAUGCCAGAGAUAAGCAUGGCCGGACUCUGAUGCACCUCAUUGCCUCCUCAGAUAAGGAGAGCGCAUAUGGGUUUGCGUCUGCUUUGUUGGCGAUUCCGGGGCCCUUUUUGGAUAUAUACGUGCAAGAUGCCGAGAGUGGGUGGACAUGCUUGCACAGGGCCCUCUAUGCUGGAAACAUUUCUAUUGCACAGGCAAUACUACAUAGAGAAGGUAGUGGUGGGCUUGUCAAGAUCAAAGACAGAGAAGGGAACAGUCCGUUUGAAGUCUUCCAUUCUAGUGUUAUUUACGAUACCCCGGUGGACACAAAAAGAGCGCAGGACGAUAGUGACGAUGAAGAAAGUCUCGAGGCAGAAGAUGAAGUUGGAGGAGAGCAGUACGGUAACGCCAGAUCUGUUGCCCCACGAGUUAACCUGGAUGGUGACGAGCUGUUCACCUUUGGAAGCAACAAGAACCUCUCUCUGGGCGUGGGGGACAGCGAUGAUCGGCAAUUCCCUGAGCGUAUCACCUUGCCUCGUCCAGAGGCCUUGAUACAUCGAUUUUACGAGGAGAAAUAUGAAAAUUCACUCGAGUCUGAAACACCAGAGGAGAUCCCGUUCCUUAUUCGGUCUACACCCCUCAUCGUGCAGGACGUGGUCAUGUCCAAGCUACAUACUGCAAUCCUCACCACAGAUCCAUGCAGUAACCUGUACAUGUGUGGGUUUGGUCCUGGUGGAAGGCUCGGGACUGGACAUGAGGGAACGUCUUUCAGUCCAGUAUGUGUGGACUCCGGUGCUAUCACCGGCAAACGCAUCACCACCGUUGCUCUCGGUCUAGACCACACCAUUGCCAUUUCAGACCAGGGCGAGGUCUUUACCUGGGGAAGCAACAAACAUGGCCAGCUAGGAUACGCAUUGCCGAAGACUAAGCCUACCGCAAGCUCGCCCAACGAUGUUCCUACUCAACUGUCUCCCCGCCAAAUCUUUAACCCAUUCAAACGUGACCGUAUCCUAGGCGCAGCUGCCUCUUCUAUCCAUUCCGCUGUCUUCACGUCAUCUGCCCUGUACACCUUUGGACGCAAUGAUGGUCAGCUUGGCCUCAUGGAUGCUGAUGCUAGGUCUCUCACUUCACAACCUAUACCUCGUAAAGUGGGAGCUUCCUUGUUCAGUGUCUCUAUCUCCUCUGUUUGUGCUAUUGAGCGAGCUACGGUUGUUUUACUGGAAAACCAUGAGGUCUGGGUGUUUACGCAUUAUGGAUACUCAAAGCUCAUUUUCCCGCUGACCGGGUCGGUAUCCAGCUUCAUCCGUAGCAGUUUCAUGGCUACACGAUAUGGUGCCGGAGAGAGCUAUGUGACAAAGAUACGCGCAGGUGGAAACACCAUCUGUGCCCUCUCCAAUGUAGGCGAAGUCUUCACGGUUUCUGUCCCUGGACGACGUGAAGAAGAAAGAGACAGAGAUGGCAAAGAGGGCAGCAGGCAAGUGUCAACUUCAGCCUCAAUGUCAACCACCAAUCCUGCAAAGAUCCGCAACUCUCUUCCGCAUCCUAUUCGUACCUGGGCAGUUAAGAAGAGUCACAUGGCUGUUUGCGACGUGGAUGUCGGACAGGAUGGCUCCAUAAUCAUCUGCACUCAAUCUGGCACAGCCUGGCUGAAAGAACGAAGAGCGGGUAUUAAACCUACUGUUGCAGGUGUUGCAGCUGGCAAGGAGUAUAAAUUUGUUCGAGUCCCUAACAUAUCUCGUGCUGUGGGAGUCCGUAGCAAUGUCUUUGGCGCUUAUGCUAUUAUACAGCGUACCAGCGACGUAGCAAGACGAAACGUCGUGGUUGACGAGCCCCGAUUACGAGCUGAUAUUCUACCCUUGAUGCCCUUCGAAGAGAUGGUAGAAAUUACCAAUGAAGGACAGGGGAGAAUUGACAUUUGCAAGCCAAAAUCUCUUCCUGGAAACAAAGAUACAGACCAGGGUGCUGAUAUUGACGUUGAAAAGGAGAUGGCCUCCUUACUUGAUACCCAGCGGGCUUCUCCAUCUCUCUCCAGCCCGUCGAUUGCCUGGUUAUCCACUUCCCUAAGUGACACCCGAAUUCCCGUACACGAGUUCAUGCUAUCAUCUCGCAGCCAUGUCCUUCGUAACGCUCUCUCCACGUUCCGGAAGGAAUACUACUUCUGUCUUCAAGGAGUUAUGUCAAUCGAGUACGAUAAGGCAGGACAAGUGCAUGUCCUAUUCUCCAAUAUCUCAUUCCUGGCACUUUUCAACUUAGCAGUAUACUUGUAUACAGAUAGAUUAUAUGAUGUCUGGCUCAGGAAUCGGAAUGAUAAGAAGCAAACAGAUGCAACCUUGGCCAAUGCAGCCUUAUACAGGCAGGUACGCAUUGAGGUACUCAAACUAGCGGCGGCACUGGAGAUGGCCGGCCUGGAACGUGCAGCGAGGAUAAUGACCCAACCAGCAACAGCCCUACAUAAUGACAUGGCCACCGCCAUACAAGAUACCUCCUUCUUUGACACAGCUGACGUACUGAUCGAGCUUAGUGGAGACGCAGAGGUAAAAGCUCAUAGCCAUGUACUCUACAGCCGAUGCACAUUCUUUGACGGUCUUUUCAGGGGUCGAGCAGGUGGCCGUUGGUUACACGCGAGAGCUUCUGGUACAGAACGUGAUGUCCAUGAGCCUAUACACGUUGAUUUAUCUCACGUGGAACCCAGUGUAUGGGAUUUCGUCAUGCGAUAUAUAUACUCAGACGUCGAUGAAGAGUUGUUCGACGAUGUACAUGUUUCCAAUGCUGAUGCAUUCAUGGAUAUUGUCAUUGAUGUGCUAAGCGUUGCAAACGAGUUGAUGAUUGACCGAUUGGCGCAAAUAUGCCAGCGGAGGCUAAGCACGUUCGUUACCAUACAGAACGUAUGUCAACUUCUUAACGCUGUGAUGCCGUGCUCCGUGAAGGAAUUCAAACGAGCAGCAUUAGAGUUCAUUUGCCUUAACCUUGAGAUUAUGCUUGAAAACAGAUUACUGGAUGAGCUCGAUCCAGACUUGCGUUGGGAACUCGACCAAAUCUGCCAGGACAAGCAGCUUACCUCUCAACCCAUCUCGCGUGGCCGUAACUCUGAGACUUUCCUUGCCGAACGCUAUCCAGAUAUUAUCCCACUUAUUGAACAAGAUAAAAACUGCCGCGUUGAUGCAAUGAAGCUUCGUUCGCAUUUACAUGAAGACGAGGUUCGCGACACAAUGCUGCGACCUGGAAGUCUCGAAAGGGAUAAGCCAUCCAUGUCUCCGCUGUCACGGAAAGGAAAACAAGUAGGUAUCGUCACACCGUUGUCGGAUAAACCACCUAUUGAGGCAAGCCCUACACUUGCUCCGAAGAGAUCAGUUGGUGAUCUCAUAUUCCAAAUGGAUGAUGAGCCAUCUCUUCACGCCGAUAAUCGCCGUGGAGAUAGUCUGAGACCGACGCCAGCUGGAAGUUCCCGCGGCUCACCACGAAGCCAACCCCAACCCGCAACCCCUGGCUCAGGACCUGGCCUCGGUCUGGAUUUAGGGCCUGCUACUUUUCCUCAUCUUUCAACAAAGCCCUCAUAUACUACUCUUCAGCCACCCAGAACCAUGUCCAAAGUCAAGGAUAUACCUCAACCUGCAUCUACCGGUACCCCCAACAAUAGCGCUACUCCAAAUUCUCCACCACCGAAAGCCCCUUGGUCUUCCAUCACUCCAACAAAAAUCCGUGGUGGUCUCAGAGAUAUCAUAGCUGAAUCAAGUAGCCCAAGCACACCUCCAUAUCGUAUUGAAGGGUUCUCUCGCCCUGAGGCAGAAGCAACCCGGAAUUUCUCCCCGAAGCUGUCCCAAAAGGAACGAAAGAAGCUUAAACAACAGCAGCUGGCUGCUGAGCAGGAACAAUCCAGUAUUGUUAGCAAUACCCCUAUUUGGCAAAUUCCCCGGUCACCCAACCUCAAGCCAACAAAAGCCGAUGCCGAUAUAUCAACGUCAAAUCCAGCACGCUCCGCUACACCAAAAGCACCGCUUACCCUACGCCAGACAGUAGCAGGGUCAAGCGCAACUCCUGGCUCAUCAUCCCCGCUUAUGAAACCCACUUAUCCAAAAACACCUCCCCGCACUCAAGCACCCAAACCCACGGUUCUCAGUACACCCCAUACCAAAUCUUCACCCUCUGCCUCCACUGGUCUAGGCACGUCCCAAAUAUCUCUUGCAACUAUUCUACUUCAACAACAGACUGAAAAGGAUGAGAUCCACGAAGCAGCAACCGCAAAACAUAACCUGCAUGACAUCCAGAUCGAGCAGGAGUUCCAGGAAUGGUGGGACCAAGAGAGCAAGCGCGUGAUGCAAGAGGAGCAAGCUGCAGAAGCCAGAGCAAAGAUGGAAAGCGAAAAGGCAAGAAGCAGAAGGGGGAAUUCUAGCAGGGGUGGAAGGGGACGAGGAAGAGGGGGACAAUCACGCCCAAAUACUACCCGAAGCGUUGAAGGAUCUGUUCCUAGAUCCGCCGGUGCAGAGGCCGCCCUAUCAGCGGGGACAGCAACAAAUAACCCAGCUGGGCACUCACAACCUCAGAGACGAACAUCUGGCCAAACAGAUGACAGGGAUAAGAAACGGCACUCAGACCGGGACCGCGGCAGAGGUCGACAUAGAGGUGCAACUGCACGAGGCGGCGGAACACCUCGUGCCCAAAACGUUUGA